GCUGCUCUGCUCUGCUCUGCUCAUCUUCCUUGUAGGCUAGGCUAGGGUUUAUCUUCGGAUUACGAGCGAAAUCCUCGGGCAAUGGCGUCGGUGCAGCUCUGCGGUGCCGCGGCCGUUGGCGCGGCGGGGUUCUCCGGGAAGGUAGCGGCCAACGCGCCGGCGGCGGUCGGGGUACGCCCGGCCCGGCGGGGGGCGCUCCGCGGGCUCGUCGCCAGGGCCGCCACCGUCGUCGCCCCCAUGUACACGACGGUCAAGCCCUUGGCUGACAGAGUGCUUCUGAAGACCAAGACUGCCGAGCAGAAGACGACCGGUGGGAUUCUGCUCCCUUCAACUGCGCAGUCUAAACCUCAGAGUGGUGAGGUGGUUGCUGUUGGAGAGGGAAGAACCAUUGGGGAUAGCAAAGUAGAAGUCGGCAUUAAGGUUGGGGCUCAGGUUGUAUAUUCGAAGUAUGCUGGAAUGGAGGUGGAGUUGAAUGAUUCCAACCAUCUGAUCCUAAAAGAGGACGAUAUCAUAGGUAUUCUGGAGACAGAGGAUGUGAAAGACAUGAAGCCUCUUAGCGACCGUGUUCUUAUCAAGGUAGCUGUAGCUGAAGAUAAAACUGCCGGGGGCCUGCUGCUGACCAACAGUGUCCAGGAGAAGCCAUCUGUUGGAACGGUGGUCGCUGUCGGCCCGGGCCAUCUGGACGAGGAAGGCAAGAGUAUCCCGUUGCCGGUAUCCACAGGCAGUUCCGUUCUGUACUCCAAGUAUGCUGGCGCCGAGUUCAAGGGUGCCGAUGGCACAAACUACAUCGUGUUGAGGGUAUCUGACCUGAUGGCUAUCCUCUCUUGAGCUGGUUUGUAGCGCAAGGCGUGGUUUUCCUGAUCUAAUUGUUCCAAAGGCAACUUAAACUAGAUGAAGAGAAAUGAGAAUCCCCUUCCAUGUUUGUGGCUCUGCACCAAAGCUGGUUUUCCUCACUGAUAUGUACUCCUGCAUUAUACUCUU